AUGGCCGUUCAAAGUAACGGCCACGCCACCAGCAACGGCACGCAUGGCCCAUCCGUCCGAUUUGCACCACCCAAAACCACAUCGUCAUCACGGAUGAACACAUAUCUGGACCUGGAUGAAUACGACCAGCCUGACUCCUCCCCCUACGAGUCCCGCCGCAUCAUCGUCCUCCUCGGCCCUCACGAACGCCAAUAUUCCAUCCCAGAAUACUACCUCCGCCAAUCCCCCAUCUUCACCGACAUCCUCCGCACCUACCCGCACUUCAUCACCAAGACCGUCCCCUGCAUCCCGCUCCCAGAGGUCGACGACGACAUCGUCCACACCGUCGUGCACUACCUCCACACGGGGAGCUACCAGACCCUGCGCCCCGCCGGCGGCAGCGACUGGACCAAGACCGAGUACCGGCGUAGCGUGCUCGUCUACGGCGUGGCGGCCAAAUACGAGCUGGUCGGGCUGCAGACCCUGGCACGCAAGUACCUGCAGAAGCUUGACACCCAUCUCAGCAUCUUCGACGUGCUGGGGGUGGCCCGGAAGGUGUACGGCGGGAAGGUGAUCCCGGACUACGACCCCUGGUUUUUUGAUGAUUAUGUGCGCGGGAAGAUGGCCGACGCAUUUGUCGAGGACCGGGACCUGUUCGAGCGGCCCCGGUUUCAGUAUCUGCUCGGCGCGGAGACGGGAUUUGAUCGGUUCUUGGUGCAGGCGCUUGUGUCCAUUUACGAGGCAAGGAUUCAGGAGCUGGAGAAGCGGGCGAUGAAGAGUGGGAUGCAGAGGUCGGGGUACGAGGGGAUGAUGACUGGUGGUGCUGGUGGCGGUGGUGGCGGCGGCGGGCUGGAGGAUAUUGCGGAGGAGUAUCCGGAUGAGCGGGCUGUGUCGGUCGACGAGAUGAUCGAUGGGGAAGAAGAGGAGGAGGAGAAGGAGGAGCGGUAUGAGGGACAGACAAUCCUGGAGAGACUGGAGGCGCAGAUCAGAGAGCGCCCACCAUCCAGUGCCCAUGAUGUAUCGGAGGGAUAUCCCGUAUCGGUGGCCGAAGAGCCGAUAGAGGAGUACUCAGAGGCGCCUACUGCACCCACGGCCGCCCACGAGGCGGAGUAUGCAGACGAGCUGCCGGCCGAGAGGUACGCGCCUGCCGAGGAGGCGAUCGUGGAGGAGGAGGCUAUCCCCAACGAUGAGGGACAUCAGGCUGAACCACACGAGAUCACCGCAGAUGACUCGUGGAACGACGGGUGGGGGAAUUGGGCGGCCCGCACGCGCGAAUGGGGGUACACGAGCGCUAUCCAUGAGGAGCCCGGCGCCGCCGACCCCGGCGCCCCCGACCCCGUCGCUGACCCAGAUCUUGCCCAUGAACGUGUCCCAGAGCCUGUUGCAGAGGAGCCGCUCCCGGAUUAUGCAGAGGUUCAGCCGGUGGUGUCGGAGGAUCACGCGCAGCAGGAAAACAGGUCCGUUAAAAAUGGCAAGAAGAAGAAUGGUAAGGAGCGGAAGAAGAAGAGCACGAUGAGUCGGACGAGGGCGUUGUUCUCGUCGACGGAGGAGCAGCCGCGAGAGCAGGCUGUUUUUUAG